UAUUUUUGAAGAUAGCCCAGUUGACUAAAAUUGUCCUGUGUUGGUUUUGUCUUCUCCUCCUCCCCCAGGAAUGAGAUGGAAAGGCACUUCCUGGAGCUACUUCAGUUUAAUAUUAAUGUUCUUUUCAGUGUGUAUGCCAAAUACUACUUUGACCUUCGCUCCUUAGCACAUGACAACAACCUGAAUGUUCUAUUCGCUCCUCUUAGCAAAGAAAGAGCACAGAACUUAGAGGCCAUUUCCAGAUUGUGUGACGACGAAUACAAAGACGUGUGUAGAGCUGCUAUGAGAAGGUCUUUCAGCGCUGAUCAUUUCAUUGGUAUUCGGCGCUCCAAUGCCAUCCUCUCUUAAGGGAGAAGUGAGGGGUUGUAACAUCAUAAACCCCUCGAAACAAGGACUGGAGAAAUAUCACCUCUCCUGCUCAGAAACCAGCAAAGUUAGUAUUUUCACCUUAAAGAAAGACAUUGAAUUCAAGAGACUCAUGGACAAGCGAAGAUUAUGCUCAUAGGAAAGAACGGGACCUCGUCAAUGUAACACGCUCUUCUGUCCUUUUUAUUAUAAACAGAGUUACAAAAACCACUCCAAAGCUAAAAGCUCCCAAUCCAUGCACAGAUAUCUGCUCCCAAUCCACGCACAGAUAUCUGAUAGCUGUGAACUAUGUGAGGUUUUUUAAUUAAUAGCUUAAAUUUUUAGACU